AUAAAAAUGAUGGUAUAAAUACCGUUAACACUCUCUCUAGGGUUUCAGUUUUGCAGAACAUCACAGCUCGGCCUUUCUCAUCAGCCGGCAGCCAUGGUGAACGUUCCAAAGACGAAGAAGACUUUCUGCAAAUCAAAACAGUGCAAAAAGCACACAUUGCACAAGGUGACCCAGUACAAGAAGGGCAAAGAUAGCUUGGCCGCUCAGGGUAAGCGCCGUUAUGAUCGCAAGCAGUCGGGUUAUGGUGGCCAGACAAAACCCGUUUUUCACAAGAAGGCAAAAACAACUAAGAAGAUUGUGCUGAGAUUGCAAUGCCAAGGUUGCAAGCAUGUUUCACAGCAUCCUAUCAAGAGAUGCAAGCAUUUCGAGAUUGGUGGAGAUAAGAAGGGCAAGGGAACUUCUCUUUUCUGAGCGCCCCCUUAAAUAGGGACUUGUUUGUUUGGCCUUUGUUGGCUACUUGCCGGGAUUUAUUGUCAGUGACCUUUGUUAUUCCUGCCAAAUGUUACAUGGAAUUUUGAAUUUCAAUUAGCAAAACUCGUUUUUGUUUCCCUACUUUGGAUUACUUGAUGGAUAAUUUAAUGUUUGUUUUGUCUUUGGUGGAGUAUCUUGCUUUGAUUUGUUGUGAUCGACAUCUUCAUUUUACUUACUAUUACUACAGUUUCAAUAUUUCCCUUAUGCAAUACUUCGUAUAGAUGUUGUGGCGGUAUCUUACUCAAAUCCGAAUUGGAGUAAGAAGACUGGCUGACCUACCAAUAUAAUAGUACCUUUUCUAACAUUCCAAUUCUA